AUGCAAAAUUCGGAUAGGCCAACAGAGAUAUGUACUAAUCAAUUAUUAUCUAUUCCUAUUGAUGGUCGAUGGAUAUGGGAUGAAAAGAGAAAAGAACUUGUCUAUGAAAGUCGUCAUCGAAUGAAUGAUGAUAAAAAGUCAAGUUCGAAUGAAUUAUUAAAAAUUGAUCUAAGAUCUGGUUUAAUUCAUUAUCGAAAACAAAAUCGACCUUUACAAUAUAUUAUUAAAACAAAAGAUAAUAACAAAAUUACACUCGAUGAUAUUAUUCAAGCAUCACUUAAUGUAAUGAGUGAAAUGUUUUAUAUACCAAUUGAAUUUGAAGAAUAUGUGAGUAUGCCACAAGUACAUGAAUUUCUUUUAUAUUUACUGAAUUAUUUUUAUUGGUUUUUUGAAACAAUGGAUAAUACUUCAUCAAAAAAUGAACGAUAUAUUGAUCGUUCACAAAUGGAAAAAAAUCAUAUUCGUAUUGCAUAUGCUAAUUUACUUGCUUGUCUACGUGAACUUGGUUGUAAAUAUGCUAUAUUAUUAUUAGGUAUUAAUCUAAAAUAUUUUCAUCAUAUGCGUAAUGGCGAUCUUUAUUAUUCAUGUACAUAUAUUGAUCGAACUAUAUAUGAAUCUCUUUUUAUUUUUUCAACAUAUUUUACUUGGAUCACAUUUUAUCGACAAAAUUUUGAUUUAAUUCGUAAUGAAUUAGCUCGAUUAUUUCGAGCUGAUGGUGAUGUUGAAAUGCUUCAAAUUCCAAUGACAGAAAGUUUAGAAGGUCGAAUAAAAAAUGAUAUAUUAAUUAAUUCUAUAAAUCGACAUAAACUUAUUGAUUGUACUGAAAUUUUUUCAAAAUCAAUGGCUAAAAAAGCUGCAAUUACGAGAACAAGUGAAAUACAGAAUAAAAAAAGUUCUUUACGACGUACAAGUUCAAUAUUUUGGAAUUUUAAUAAAAUUUCUAAUGAAUCAAAUAGAUUGAUUAAACAACAGACAUCAAAAAAUCGAUUAAAUAGUGUUUUAGCAAAAGAUUUCAAUGAACAAGGUUUGAUUUUUUUGAUUGUUAUCAAAAUUCUAUGCUAUUUAUCAAUAGAAGAAUUCGUAGAAGAUGAUGAAUUAUAUGGAUUUGAAUUCAAUAUAAAUUCACCUUGUCAUCAUCAAAGACAGAAAUUAUUUAUUUCUCAACGUAAAAAUUGUAUACGUGGUAUUUUAACAAAACAAUUAAAAAGUCGAAAUCAAAGUCUUAUUGAAGAACAAUAUCGUCAUUUAAAGAAUAAAAAGACAAAUGAACAACUAAAUAUGGAAGAAAUUGAAAAUAAAAUACGAGAAAGAGAAAAAAUGAAACGAGAACGUCUUAUUAAACAACAAAUAUUGAAUUCUUCGUUUUACAAAAAUUCAUCCAUUUUACCUGCACCACCAAAUCCAUUGGAUAAUCCUCGCAUAAUGAAAGACAAUCAAUUAAUUCUACCAAAAAUUCAAUUUAAAUUAAAAGAAAAUAUUGGAAUUAUUGGCAAAUCUUAUUCAGAUUUUGAUUUAUUACGUUUGACAUUAAAACCUAAUAUUGAAGAUAAUAUAAACAUUCCAACAGAAUUUCUUGUAACUUUGCCAGAUCAAAUGUACGUUUAA